UAAUUCAUAGAAAAAACAAAUGUUAAACAAAGUACAAUUUAUUUACAAAAUUAUCACCAUUCAAAAUUAAAUAUUACAUUGUUUGCACUCUGCAGUAAUCUUUAAUAAAAGACAAGCUUUGAUGCAGUUUCUAAACCUAAACAAUUUCUCAAUUUUCUAUGCCCGAACGAGAAAUUUGAGAAGAUUCUCUCAAGUCCAGCAGAACUAGCAGGCAUUCCCAUCAAGGAACAAACAAGAUUUGUGAAACCUUCAUCUAUUGCUUAUUCUUUAAAACUGGAGCACCAUGUAGCAGCUGGGGUAGUUCUCAAAAUUUGACUGGAAAAAUAAGUUUCAGGAAAUGGGGCCGAUUUGUUUUGCAAAGCUAUGACAUAAGGUACAAAAUCUGGGUUAAUAUUGGCAAGUAAAAUUCUGGCACUUUCUUCUUGAGCACAUGAUAAUUUCAAUACCAAAUACUUUGGAUGCAGCAUAUGAGCUAGCAAAUGAUAAUCAGUAACUGUCUGUUUAAAUCUGUAUGUCACUUUUUCAUAAACAGCCAUAAGAUUCUCUUCCUUUGUUAGAUUAAUCCAAACAAUUAAUUAAAAAGUUUGUUACAGUUACAUUUUUCAGUUUACUUAAACAAAAUGUCAUUAUGCAAUUACUAGAACUAAUAUAGAAGUUUUUUUAGUUUCUGCCAGUUUUUGCCGGUUGUAACCAGUUUCUGCAACUGACAUGGCAAAAACCAGUUUCUGCUGGCAAAAAGCCAACCCUGGACUAUUUAUAUAAAUUUAGUAAAAAUAUGUUUGAAAAGCGACAUAAAUUUUGAAAUAAAUGUAUUAGAAGUAGUAUGUAUGGUCUAGUAUUAGAAAUGGGUAUAAAAACAAACUAUGAAUUAACAGAAGAAAGUUGACUGAUGAAAUAAUGUGCGAAAGACUAUUUAAAUGGGCAAUGGUUGAACAUGUGGUUUAUGAUAUUUACAUAGGAUUGUGCUUAGCUGUUUUUUCUAGUUUAUUUAUUGGUGCAAGUUUUGUCAUUAAAAAGAAAGGCUUGUUGAGGUUGACCAUCAAUGGAAGAACUAGAGCAAGUUCAGGUGGCUAUGGAUAUUUAAAAGAAUGGAUUUGGUGGGCUGGAUUACUUAGCAUGGGAAUCGGAGAAGCUGCAAAUUUCAUUGCAUAUGCAUUUGCACCAGCAAGUUUAGUGACCCCUCUUGGAGCUUUGAGUGUUCUUGUAAGUGCCAUAUUCUCCUCUAAAUAUUUAGGUGAGAGACUUAAUUUAUUGGGAAAAGUUGGAUGUUUUCUAUGUAUAAUUGGUUCUACAGAUAUUGUGCUACAUUCCCCAAAAGAGGGUACUGUUGACAGUAUGGAACGGUUACAGGAACUCUUAUUUCAACCAGGUUUUGUUACGUAUGUAUCAGCUAUCAUUUUCAUGUCAAGUGUUUUAGUUGUAUACUGCGUUCCUAGAUAUGGUACUACGAAUGUAGUAAUUUAUGUUCUUAUCUGUUCUAUGAUUGGCUCAUUAUCUGUGAUGGAAUGUAAAGGUCUUGGAUUAGCUUUACGAGAAACUAUUAGUGGUACACAAAAUGAACUUACUAACUGGGUGACUUGGUUAUGUUUGAUUUGUUUAAUUCUUUGCGUUUCUGUUCAAAUUAACUAUUUGAACAAAGCUUUAGACACUUUCAAUACAUCUGUUGUUACUCCAGUUUAUUAUGUCAUCUUUACUACAUUUGUUAUUUUUGCUUCUGCAAUUUUGUUUCAAGAAUGGAGUGUAUUAUCUAGUAAAGAUAUCAUUGGAAGUGUGUGUGCUUUUUUAACUGUUAUAAGUGGUAUCUUUUUGUUGAAUGUUUUUAGGGAAUGGGAUAUAACCCUUAAUAAUGUAAGUUUUCAAAAGAAAGAACCUUCAAUUGACAUAAUUGAACAAUGUCACUCUCAUGUGAAUAACGAAACAUCAAAUUUGCUUGAAAGACAUUCGCGGAAUAAUAGUAUGGAAAGUAGAUUCUUGUCCUCAAUUAAUAUGGAAUAGUUUUGCUUCCUAUGAGUUCAGGGAAUGGGCCUUUAAAACAUUAGCUGCAUUUUUAAAGUUUCUGCUACUAAACAUACUUCAAUUUUUAUAAAAAAAAAUAAAAAAAAUUUUGAUAUAGAUUACAAAUGUUGAGGAGAAAAUAUAAAAUAUUACUAAUUUUAAAAAUUUAUAUCCAUGCUAUAAUUAUUACAUAUUGUUCCGGCCCUCUAAAUUGUGCAAAAAUGCAUAAUUUACAAUUGACCUUAUAUUUAUCAAAUUUGUUUUUAUUUUUCAACAUUUAUCAGAUGUGUCUAUGGUGUUUUUCCCAUGCAACUUUUGUACCAUUUUACGGGUAUCUCUUUUGAAUAGUCAAAAUUACAAUCAUUAUAAUUUUUGUUUUUGUAAUAUGCCAAAA